ACAGUUGACAAAUAUCUUGGGUAAUAUGAUCGUGCUCCAUACAUCACACAAGGAAAGGGGAUCAUUACUUUUCAACAUUUACAAACAGAUAACAAAGCUACGAUGAUUCCACAUUCCUGAUUCCACGCACAAUUCACAGUUCAUAGUUCAUAGUCCAUAUUCAUACACCGUUUCUUUGUUCUCGCUGCCUAGCAUGGCAUCAACUUCUCUCUUCAACUUCAGACUCCCUCUGUUCAACUUCAACCCACUGCACCAUCGACGGAUAAAGAGGCCAAAAUCUCUGCUGUCCUCUCCUCGCAACAGUCCACGCCUCGUUUCUUCCAUUAACGACCAUUUGGCGCUCACACGUGUCACAUAUCCGCUUCUCCAAUCUCACUCUGCUCCGAAGCGCAGAUUCCACGUUGGUGUACAGAAAGAGUAUUCUGAUGGGGAAAGCUCUGAGUCGAUUGUUUCUAACGCUACAUACCAAGAGGAAUUUUCCUGGUCUUCUGUAGUUCUUCCGUUUCUAUUCCCCGCAUUGGGUGGCUUGUUAUUUGGUUAUGAUAUUGGUGCCACCUCUGGCGCUACAAUCUCACUGCAGUCACCUGAGCUUAGCGGUAUAUCAUGGUUCAAUCUUUCUGCCAUUCAGCUUGGACUAGUGGUUAGUGGUUCCCUAUACGGGGCUCUUCUUGGCUCGCUUGUUGCAUUUGCGAUAGCUGAUUUCCUUGGGAGGAAGAAACAACUCAUUACUGCAGCACUGUUGUAUUUGUUUGGUGGUGUGAUUACUGCCUAUGCACCAGAACUUGGUGUUCUCUUAGCAGGAAGGCUGAUUUAUGGACUUGGUAUAGGUUUGGCCAUGCAUGGGGCUCCUUUAUAUAUUGCGGAGACUUGCCCAUCACAAAUCCGUGGGACAUUAGUAUCAUUAAAAGAACUCUUCAUUGUCCUUGGGAUUCUGCUUGGUUAUUUUGUGGGAAGCUUUCUGAUUGAGACAGUUGGAGGAUGGCGGUUCAUGUACGGAUUUAGUGCUCCAGUUGCUGUAUUAAUGGGGCUUGGAAUGUGGACUCUCCCCAAUUCUCCACGGUGGUUGCUUCUCAGAGCAGUGCAAGGAAAAGGUUCUUUUCAAGAUUUGAAGGAACAGGCAAUUGCUUCCCUGAGCAAAUUAAGGGGCCGACCACCUGGUGACAAAGAAUCUGAGAAGCAAAUAGAAGAGACCCUUGUCUCAUUGAAAUCUGUCUAUGCAGACCAGGAAUCCGAGGGGAAUUUCUUAGAGGUGUUUCAGGGUCCCAAUCUGAAAGCUUUCAUAAUUGGUGGGGGGCUAGUCCUAUUUCAACAGAUAACAGGUCAACCAAGUGUUCUGUAUUAUGCAGGCCCAAUUCUUCAGAGUGCUGGAUUUUCUGCUGCAUCUGAUGCUACAAAAGUUUCAGUUGUUAUUGGCCUAUUCAAGUUACUAAUGACUUGGAUUGCUGUCCUAAAAGUUGAUGAUUUGGGGAGAAGACCUCUGCUGAUUGGAGGUGUCAGUGGCAUUGCCCUUUCUCUAGUUCUCCUUUCUGCUUAUUAUAAAUUUCUUGGAGGUUUUCCACUUGUUGCUGUUGGAGCUUUACUUCUUUAUGUUGGUUGCUACCAGAUAUCAUUUGGGCCAAUAAGUUGGCUAAUGGUAUCAGAGGUCUUCCCACUUCGCACUAGAGGCAAGGGGAUUAGUCUGGCUGUUCUUACCAACUUCGCUUCAAAUGCUGUUGUUACCUUUGCAUUCUCCCCGCUAAAGGAGUUUCUAGGAGCUGAAAAUCUUUUUCUCCUUUUUGGGGCUAUUGCUACUCUAUCACUUUUGUUCAUUAUCUUUUCUGUUCCAGAGACAAAAGGCAUGAGUUUAGAAGAUAUAGAAUCCAAAAUCUUGAAGUGACAACUUAAUCUCGCACCUUUUGAUGUGAAUGCUGUAUAUUUUGUAUUCAUGAUGAAUUGCAACGAGGGCUACCAUGCUAAUGGAGGACUUAUAGCUGGGCACCAAUCUUUUGAAGACAUAUAUUACCAGUUUACCACAGUCCACAGUGCUAAUGUGCUACAUGUUAGUAUGGCACCCCUCUUUGUGCUUUGCUAGCAGUAUUUAUCAGUGGUAAACAUGAGCAGACAUUUGUGACUAAUUUUAUUCUCAAGAUUGAAGAUAGCAUAGCAUGGCUUUUGGGGAGUUUAUGCAUUGACCGAGAAAAUUGUUCAUUAAUUCCUAAUCUUCUGAUGGCGAACUUGUAUUUCCUCUAAUAUUGGAGGUCAAAUUUAACCAAUUAAUUGGGGAUUAUGUUGAAAAAUAAGUAGUGCUUGUUCGGCUUUGCUUCUUAGUUCUUGAUUUGCUUGUGUAAUGCAGCUGCUGUUUUGAUGCUGACUUGCUCCAACACGAAAACUUUUUUUUACCAACCAUCA